GCCACGCCCCUUUCAACGAAGGGAAAGGCGGGAAUAUUAGGCCCCUCCUCUUCCGGCCCGAGGCUCCGCCCCCUUCCCCUCAGUCGUUUCCUGAGGCGCGAGAUGGAAGUGAAAGACGGAAACGCAGCCCUGCUGAGCAACUAUGAGGUGUACCAUCUGCUGACGGACCUGAAGCAGCAGCGGCGGGAGAUGGGCAAGAGCAAGGCCAGCGCCGGGCAGCAGAACCUCCACACCAUCAUGUACGAGACCCUGAAGUGCAUCUCCAAGACGCCCUGCAAGUUCCAGAGCCCACAAGUGGUCAGCGACUUCCUCGCAGCCCUGAAGAAUCACAAGUUGACCAAGGCGGAGAAGCUGCAGCUCCUCAACCACCGGCCCGUCACUGCCGUCGAGAUCCAGCUGAUGGUGGAGGAGAGCGAGGAGCGGCUGACGGAGGAACAAAUCGAGUCCCUCCUGCGGACGGUGACCGGCAUCCUCCCCGGAGACCCCGCCAAGGAGACCCCGACAGACAUCCCCAUGGAGGAGGACCCUCGUCAAGCGUGAGCCGGACCCGGCAUUGGGUCGCUGGGACAAUUGGGGGGGAAAUUCCCACUGGUUUUAUUAUUAUUGUGUAUUUUUUCCCCAAUGUUAUUCUAUACAAGUGGCAAACAAAAAAGAGCACCCACCGAACGUCCCCAUUGAGGAAGACACUGGUCAGGCCAUCACUGGGUCGCUAGGACAAUUGGGGAGAAAUUCCCAUUGUUAUUAUUAUUGUUGCUAUUUUAUAUUAUUCCCAAUGUUAUUGUAUACAAUUGGCAAACAAAAAAGAGCGCCCACCGAACGUCCCCAUUGAGGAAGACACUGGUUAGGCCAUCAUUGGGUCUCUAGGACAAUUGGGGAGAAUUUCCCACUAUUAUUAUUAUUAUUAUUAUUAUUGUGUAUUUUCCCCAAUGUUAUUGUAUACAAGUGGCAAACAAAAAAGAGCGCCCACCGAACGUCCCCAUUGAGGAAGACACUGGUUAGGCCAUCAUUGGGUCUCUAGGACAAUUGGGGAGAAUUUCCCACUAUUAUUAUUAUUAUUAUUAUUAUUAUUGUGUAUUUUCCCCAAUGUUAUUGUAUACAAGUGGCAAACAAAAAAGAGCACCCACCGAACGUCCCCAUUGAGGAAGACGCCGGUUAGGCCAUCAUUGGGUCUCUAGGACAAUUGGGGAGAAUUUCCCACUAUUAUUAUUAUUGUUGCUAUUUUGUAUUAUUCCCAAUGUUAUUGUAUACAAGUGGCAAACAAAAAAGAGCACCCACCGAACGUCCCCAUUGAGGAAGACACUGGUCAGGCCAUCAUUGGGUCGCUAGGACAAUUGGGAAGAAAUUCCCAUUGUUAUUAUUAUUGUUGCUAUUUUAUAUUAUUCCCAAUGUUAUUGUAUACAAGUGGCAAACAAAAAAGAGCACCCACCGAACGUCCCCAUUGAGGAAGACGCCGGUUAGGCCAUCAUUGGGUCUCUAGGACAAUUGGGGAGAAUUUCCCACUAUUAUUAUUAUUGUUGCUAUUUUGUAUUAUUCCCAAUGUUAUUGUAUACAAGUGGCAAACAAAAAAGAGCACCCACCGAACGUCCCCAUUGAGGAAGACACUGGUCAGGCCAUCCUUGGGUCGCUAGGACAAUUGGGAAGAAAUUCCCAUUGUUAUUAUUAUUGUUGCUAUUUUAUAUUAUUCCCAAUGUUAUUGUAUACAAGUGGCAAACAAAAAAGAGCACCCACCGAACGUCCCCAUUGAGGAAGACACUGGUCAGGCCAUCCUUGGGUCGCUAGGACAAUUGGGGAGAAAUUCCCAUUGUUAUUAUUAUUGUUGCUAUUUUGUAUUAUUCCCAAUGUUAUUGUAUACAAGUGGCAAACAAAAAAGAGCACCCACCGAACGUCCCCAUUGAGGAAGACACUGGUUAGGCCAUCAUUGGGUCUCUGGGACAAUUGGGAAGAAAUUCCCAUUGUUAUUAUUAUUGUUGCUAUUUUAUAUUAUUCCCAAUGUUAUUGUAUACAAGUGGCAAACAAAAAAGAGCACCCACCGAACGUCCCCAUUGAGGAAGACACUGGUUAGGCCAUCAUUGGGUCUCUGGGACAAUUGGGAAGAAAUUCCCAUUGUUAUUAUUAUUGUUGCUAUUUUGUAUUAUUCCCAAUGUUAUUGUAUACAAGUGGCAAACAAAAAAGAGCACCCACCGAACGUCCCCAUUGAGGAAGACACUGGUUAGGCCAUCAUUGGGUCUCUGGGACAAUUGGGAAGAAAUUCCCAUUGUUAUUAUUAUUGUUGCUAUUUUGUAUUAUUCCCAAUGUUAUUGUAUACAAGUGGCAAACAAAAAAGAGCACCCACCGAACGUCCCCAUUGAGGAAGACACUGGUUAGGCCAUCAUUGGGUCUCUGGGACAAUUGGGAAGAAAUUCCCAUUGUUAUUAUUAUUGUUGCUAUUUUGUAUUAUUCCCAAUGUUAUUGUAUACAAGUGGCAAACAAAAAAGAGCACCCACCGAACGUCCCCAUUGAGGAAGACACUGGUUAGGCCAUCAUUGGGUCUCUGGGACAAUUGGGAAGAAAUUCCCAUUGUUAUUAUUAUUGUUGCUAUUUUGUAUUAUUCCCAAUGUUAUUGUAUACAAGUGGCAAACAAAAAAGAGCACCCACCGAACGUCCCCAUUGAGGAAGACACUGGUCAGGCCAUCAUUGGGUCGCUAGGACAAUUGGGGAGAAAUUCCCAUUGUUAUUAUUAUUGUUGCUAUUUUGUAUUAUUCCCAAUGUUAUUGUAUACAAUUGGCAAACAAAAAAGAGCACCCACCGAACGUCCCCAUUGAGGAAGACGCUGGUUAGGCCAUCAUUGGGUCUCUAGGACAAUUGGGGAGAAUUUCCCACUAUUAUUAUUAUUAUUGUUGCUAUUGUGUAUUAUUCCCAAUGUUAUUGUAUACAAGUGGCAAACAAAAAAGAGCACCCACCGAACGUCCCCAUUGAGGAAGACACUGGUCAGGCCAUCAUUGGGUCUCUGGGACAAUUGGGGAGAAAUUCCCACUGUUAUUAUUAUUAUUAUUAUUAUUAUUAUUAUUAUUAUUAUUAUUAUUGUGUAUUUUCCCCAAUGUUAUUGUAUACAAGUGGUAAACAAAAAAGAGCACCCACCGAACGUCCCCAUUGAGGAAGACACUGGUCAGGCCAUCAUUGGGUCUCUGGGACAAUUGGGGAGAAAUUCCCACUGUUAUUAUUAUUAUUAUUAUUAUUAUUAUUAUUAUUAUUAUUAUUAUUGUGUAUUUUCCCCAAUGUUAUUGUAUACAAUUGGCAAACAAAAAAGAGCACCCACCGAACGUCCCCAUUGAGGAAGACACUGGUCAGGCCAUCAUUGGGUCGCUAGGACAAUUGGGGAGAAUUUCCCACUGUUAUUAUUAUUAUUAUUAUUAUUAUUAUUAUUAUUAUUGUGUAUUUUCCCCAAUGUUAUUGCAUACAAACAAACAACAGAUGUUGUGUUGUCGGAGGCUUUCACAAAAGUGGUAUUUCCAUGCUGUAAUUGUGUUGCCUGACUGCAACAUGCCCAGUGGAUAAUGGAUAUUAUUGAUAUAAUAAUAAAAUUAUAUACUGUAA